UAUAUUACUUCUAAACUAUCAAUAAUUAUUGGAAACGAUGGCCGAGAGUACCAAUGAAUCUGUGGUGACCACAACCGCUGUGACCACUGAAGCCACCACAGCUAAUGGCAUGUCAUCCGAUAGUCAGAUAAUUCAAGAAAACUUUACAAACAAUAACCAAAAAUAUUUGAUGUCUGCGGCACUGAUAACCGAUGCCAAAGAUGGACUGGUAUUGCUAUCUCAGUCGACAGACUUUAUUAAUGUUAAACUAUAUUUCCUAUAUCGACAACCAUUCCUUCAGUAUCUGCUUUAUGUAACAAUAUUUUUGCAUCACUUGUUAAUAUUGUUUGAGAAAACAUCGGCCACUCAUGACAAUCAUCUGUUGAUCAAUUGUCUGGAGCUAUUGUGUCUACUAAUAUACGCACUGCGCUUAAGUCACUUACACUUAUUCACACCGCGACCGGUAUUCUGGUCGGACAUGAAGAAUAUCAUAAUAGUGGUCACUGUUCUCAUGACAUUCUGUGAUAUUAUCAUCAGUUUAUCAGUCAAUAACUAUAUCCGAUGGACACCAGUUCUCAGACCGCUUUUUAUUAUUAAUUUUGCUGAAAACAAACAGAUUCGUAGAUCAUUCAGAAAUAUGAGAAACACAUUACCGGAUGUCUUGAAUGUAUUGAUACUAUUUUUCCUAUCGAUUCUUACAUUUGCAAUCAUUGGUCUUAAACUAUUUGAAAAGCAAUCCAUAUAUAAUGCUUACAAAGAAAAAUAUUUUUCAGAUUUUGUCGAAAUUCUCUACAAUUUGUAUAUUUUAGUCACUACAUCUAAUAAUCCUGAUAUUAUGUUACCAGCUUAUAGAAAAAAUCGUUGGUUUGCAUUAUAUUUCAUUAUAUUUAUUGUCAUUAAUCUUUACCUAUUUAUGAACAUUAUUCUCGCUGUUAUUUAUAAUAACUAUAAGAAACAUUUGAAAUGUGAAGUUCAAAAUGUGUUAAUAUUGAAGAAAAAUAACAUAAUGAGAGCAUUUAAUCUAUUGUCCAAAAAGACAAACAUUUCCACACAAAUUACUGGCAAACAGCAAACCGAAGCAAUUGUCGGCAUUACUCGGGAAGUGUUCAAUGAUUUGAUGCAAAUUAUAUUGGAUGUGAUGGACACUAGCAAAACAAAUCGCGCGACACUGAUAUCGCUGUACUGGUCAUUGAUGGAAACAGAUCAAGUGAUAACCAGAGAAAAUUUUUGUCAAAUACUAGAUAUACUUAACUUUGAAAUUACUAUUAUAUCGAAAACGGAAAACUCGACAAUUUUCGAGAAAUUCAUAAAAGAUUUAUACGAUAGUAAACUAUCGAUUUUAUUGAGAAUUUCGGUAAAAACCAAAUAUUUUCGCAAUUUUUUCGAUUCACUUAUUUUGUUCAAUACUGUUAUCAUUGCCCUAAACGUUGACUAUAAAUCACUUGAAUGGUUAUUACUAUUAUUGUUCACAAUUGAAAUAUUGGCCAAAAUCUAUACAUUUGGUUUCAAACUAUUUAUACAUAAAUUUUGGAAUCUAUUUGAUUUCAUAGUCAUCGGCACAGCUCUCAUCCUAUUCAUUGUCAUCGAACUCAAGAAUCAGAAUAAUCUCAAGAAUCAACAAUUAGAUCACUAUUUGGAUCUAUUGUUGAUUCUUCGUGUACUUAGAUUAUAUAAAAUCAUUACAACAAUUAAUAGAUUUAAAAUUGUCGUCAAAACAAUACUGGCUAUUAUACCAUCGAUUUUUACAUAUAUUAGUCUAUUGUUUGUAAUUUAUUAUAGCUAUGCUAUUAUUGGUAUGCGAUUGCUAUCAUUACAAUCGAUGACUAACAAUCCGAAAAUCAAUUGCAAUCAAUUGAAUGAGACAUCAAAUGCCAGCAACUAUUGUCUCAUAAAUUUCAAUACCUUUCCCGACGCUAUGCUAUUCCUGUUCAAUCUAAUGGUUGUCAAUCAGUGGCAUGUGUUGGCUAAGACCCAAGAGUUACUAUUGGGAACAAAGUUUAUUAGGAUUUAUUUCAUAUCAUUUCACUUGAUUUGUGUGAUAGUUGUACUCAACAUAUUUACGGCCUUUGUUUUGGAGGCAUUCAUUCUGGAGUACAUCGACGUGACCGACAAGAAACUGAAGAAAAGUAAUUAUGUCCUCAAAUUGGAACAAUUGGGAGUCAAUUGUCUGCAAAAACGCGAGGAACCAAUGGUUAAUAGUCAUUACACCAAUUUUAAUGACAUACUGGACGCUGACCACGACCUGAUCGAUGCAACCGCAGUCGCCACUGGCCAGCGGACAACCCAACAGGACAUCAACCAAUACUGUCAUUCAUUGAAUUAUUCUGAUCUAAGAAUUAUAAUCAAAGAGAAAAAGUCUGUCGAGUUAUUGCUGAUCAAAAUGUUUCAAAACGAUAUCAAUAUUGAUAUCUAAAUGUUUUUUUUAA